AAGACGACGAAGAAGAAGAGAAAGUAGAAGAAGAGGAGAAGGGCGAGCAGGAGAAGGAGAGAAAAACGAGAAAAAGGACAAACACGAACAAGACGUCGCGUGUCAGACAUCGGACGGGCGAGCGAUCGCCGUCGAGGAACAUCGACUCGCGAUCGCGCUAUUCGCCGACGACUUGAAGCCGCCGUGACUCGGCGCGUCCGAUGCUGAACGAGAGACGGCUCGAAGACAACACACUGGCGGACGGGGAACGUAAUGGUAGCGCCGUGGUUGCUGGCCCGGCGCUCUCAUUGUCGUCGCCGUCGUGCACGGUGCCCUACAUCGGCACUGACCAGGGCUACGUGUUCGAGGGUGGCGGCACGACGACGUUGCAGCAGCUCGGUGCAGUCGGUGCUUCCGCGACCGGCUGCACCGGUGGCGGAGGAGGUCUCGGGUUCGGUGCGUCGACGGGUAGUUCGGGGGGUGGGUUGAGCGGAGGGAUGGGACUCGGAGGAGUCGGUACCGGAGGAGCCGCGGGGAUUGCGGGUAUGGGCGGAGGUGGAGGAGGAGUGGGAGGGGGUGGAAGUGGUACAGGAGGAGGAGGAAGCGCGAACAAGGAGGUCCGUUACGCUCCGUUCUCGUCGUCUGUAGGACCGGUCGGUACCGUGGCGCCGGUAAACCUGCCGUCUCUACCGCCGCCGCCGCCGCCGCCGCCGCCACCGCCGCCGCCGCCCCUGCCGCUGCAGAUGCAGCAGCAGCGUGCCUUCUCGAGGUCGAUGACGUCCCUACCGCCUGAGCCGUUCAUGAUCAUGCGGUCGAAGGCGCUGAACCGGCGCGUCUCGAUCAACGUCGGCGGCGUGAAGCACGAGGUGCUCUGGCGCACCCUCGAACGUCUGCCGCACACUCGUCUAGGUCGGCUGCGGGACUGCAACACCCACGAGGCGAUCACCGAACUCUGCGACGACUACUCUCUGAUCGACAACGAAUACUUCUUCGACCGUCACCCCAAGUCCUUCAGCUCGAUCCUCAACUUCUAUCGUACGGGCAAGCUCCAUCUAGUGGACGAGAUGUGCGUGCUGGCGUUCAGCGACGAUCUCGAGUAUUGGGGUGUCGACGAGCUCUAUCUCGAGAGCUGUUGUCAGCACAAGUACCACCAGCGCAAGGAGCACGUGCACGAGGAGAUGCGCAAGGAGGCAGAGUCGCUACGGCAACGCGAGGAGGAGGAGUUCGGCGAGGGACAAUGCGCCCAGUAUCAAAAAUGGCUCUGGGAUCUCCUGGAGAAACCCACCACGUCUAUCGGUGCAAGGGUGAUAGCUGUGAUAUCAAUACUCUUUAUUGUGCUUUCGACGAUCGCACUAACUCUCAACACCAUUCCUAGUAUGCUAGUGAAUGAUGAGAAGGGGAACUUUCAAGACAAUCCACAGCUCGCUAUGGUGGAGGCCGUGUGCAUCACGUGGUUCACUCUCGAGUACAUGCUUAGGUUCAGUGCCUCGCCGGACAAGUGGAAAUUCUUCAAGGGUGGUCUUAACGUGAUCGAUCUGUUGGCGAUACUGCCGUACUUCGUAUCUCUGUUCCUGGUCGAGACGAACAAGAACGCGACCGACCAGUUCCAGGACGUGCGCAGGGUAGUGCAGAUCUUUCGUAUAAUGCGGAUCCUGAGGAUCCUGAAGCUGGCCCGCCACUCGACUGGGCUACAGAGCCUCGGCUUCACCCUACGUAAUUCGUACAAGGAGCUGGGCCUGCUGAUGCUCUUCCUGGCGAUGGGUGUCCUCAUAUUCUCGAGCCUUGCUUACUUCGCCGAGAAGGAGGAGCCCGGGACCAAAUUCGUAAGCAUUCCAGAGACCUUCUGGUGGGCAGGCAUCACUAUGACCACCGUCGGAUACGGCGACAUCUACCCCACGACCCCGCUCGGCAAAGUGAUCGGCAGUGUGUGUUGUAUAUGUGGUGUCCUGGUAAUCGCGUUGCCCAUUCCCAUUAUCGUCAACAAUUUCGCCGAAUUCUACAAGAAUCAGAUGAGACGGGAGAAGGCUCUUAAGAGGCGGGAGGCUCUCGAGAGGGCCAAGCGGGAGGGCAGCAUCGUGUCCUUUCAUCACAUCAACCUGAGGGACGCCUUCGCCAAGAGCAUGGAUCUCAUCGACGUCAUCGUCGACACCGGUCACAACAUAUCCGGGGUGGACGGUAACAGUACGGAGGGGGAGUCCGCGUGCGGCCGUGGGCCCACGCAGACCGGACCCGGUUGUUACCGCAAUUACGAGCAUUACAGCACCUUGCGGCACCGGCGCAGCGCGUCGAACGCCUGCUUCUCGAAUCUGCCGGUCGACUUGCCCACCACGCCCGACAGCCCGAACCGCCGGCUUCUCGACUUUGCCCAGAGCGUGCCGGGCACGCAAAAUGAUGACUACUACCAGGAUGAAGUGCCGGCCCAACACGCCAACCAGGGCAACACGACACCCAGCGAUGAAGAGAAAAAAGACAGCAGAAAAUUCGAGAAAAUUGAUGAAAUACCUAGCGAAUUCGAGUGUUGCUUUUGUACCACGAAGGAGUACAAAGACUUCCGGGACGCAGAGAACAUAAUGCCACUGGCCACCAGCGACUUUCGUAAUCCGGUAUGUCAAGAAAUGAGGUCCCUCAGGUUCAAUGCAAUCAGCAGUGGUGGAGGCAGCAGUGGAGGAGGCGGAGGUGGCGGUAGCGGAGGCGGCAGUGGAGGCGGGGGCAGCGCAGGAGGUGGGGGAGGAGGAGGAGGAAGCAUUGGUGCCGGCGGCGGCGGCGGCGGCGGCGGCGGCAGCGGCGGCAGCGGCGGCAGCGGCGGCGGCGUGGAGCAAUUGGGUUCGUCGUUGGUGGAACCGAGGACACCGCCGAUUCAGCCGCCGGAAACGUUGAGCUACGCGAGGACCUACAACGAGCAGGGCAGCUACACGAAGGCGUACAACGAGCAGGGUAGCGUCGACAGCUCGGACACGUACGCGAGCUGUCAAACGCAUCCGUCCCAUUCGCAGGGCGAUCUGACCGAGGAAGCGGACAGCAAUCUUUACGUGAAUCCAUUGGAGGCGACGGAGAAAUGCGGGAGCGCUCGGGUGAAAAAGUCCAUUUCCGGCGAGGUCGGCCGAAACGUCACCACCGAUGCGUCGCCCAGCGUCGAGUCCCUGAAGGAAAUCCGGCCUUCUAACGAGGUCAGCAAAGUCACCCUAAACGACGCCAUACCUAAGCAUAGGAAAAUAAGGAUCCAACAGAGCGCAAAGCUGCGGGCUCAAUUCGUCGGCAUCCAGGACACCGCGAUGGUGGUGCGCGAUAUCCUGAAGGAUGACACCUUGGAGGACAACAAUAACCAUUACGGGGGAGGACUACGCGGUGGCAGAUCCUCCGCGUCGUACGGGCCGACGAAUAGUCUGGCGUCCGCCACGCGCAUCAUCAAUCAUCACUUGUUCGGAUCCAUCGGCGGGCCCAAGCAUCACGCGGGAACGAGCGGCGAGAGCAAGCUCUCGCUAUCGGCGGACUCGAUAGACAGCGAGGGCGCGCCGUUCAUGGACCGUUACCGAGUGUCGAGAUCGAUCCUGAAGAAGUCCGACAGCGGCAGUAACUACUACAGCAAUGCCGGCGACUCGGACACCGAGAAGCUGAUCACGGACAAUGUGUCCACGACGAGCGUGUGCGACAACGAGACGAAUACGUGUGACGCUUUCGUCAACGUGAACGGCACGCGCGCGCGAAAGCGCCCGGUAUCGCCGUUACUCUCGCGACAGGUCCUCGAGUCGAUAUUCCGCACCAACAAUAACACCGAGAGGGAGUACACGAGCGACGAGGGGGACGGGAAGAUCGGCGUCACGAGGACACCGAAGAUCCUGUUCGGCGACGUUGCGGAAGAAAAACAUGCACGCGAUGAAGUGGUGGUGGAGAACCAGAAUAAAGAACCGGCGGAGGAGCAGCAGCCGCGACGGCCGAGGGUGCGCUUGCAGGAGGAUUCCAAGGACAGUCAGACCACGUUGAUACUACGCUCAUACAAGACGAAGAAGUCGUCCGCGACGGACGAGAGAAGAAAAAUCGGCGGUAGCAAGUCCUCGAGCGCGCACGGCUGCGCGACUUACAAGAGCUCGGGCGCGCAUGGCCUGCCGCAGGAAUACCGUUUCUCGUCGUAGCGUUUCUCUUCCUCCGCUUCAGCAGCAGCAGCAGCAAUCUCCUUUGCUAUUACGCGCUCUAUUACACGCACAGUCGCACAUCAUCAUCGAUCGAUUAGCCGACGACCGAUCGGUCGAUACACACUCACGGAGCCGUGUAAUAGCUCAUCGUCGUCUGUGCCUGAUAAUUGCGUUACCUUCAGUGCCGGUUGCACCGACAGUCUUGGUCAAUUAACCGCGCCGACGGAGUCCUGGUUAAUUAACUUCGUCAUCCCGCGCCUGUGUUCUCUCUGUUCUCUGGGAAACAAUUCUGAUGUACCUCCCUCGAUCGCAAUCGUGGACGGAAGAGGAAGAGGAUGAAUUAAUUAAUCACGAUGCGCGGUGCAAUCGACCCUUAGAUAUUGAGAGCGAGAGAGAGCGAGAAAGAGAGAGAGAGAGAGAGAGAGAGAGAGAG